AAGAAUAUAUGGACUAUUUAUUUACCAUGGUGUGGUAUCUUGGUCUAUCACUUAACGCCAUGUUGUUUUUCCUCGACAUGAAGCGGGAAGAGGCUGAAAUUUGCCAAAAUAAUGGAUAGUUUCAACGAGUCUAGUGAGGUUGGUACUGCCUCGUCGAUUGUGUCAGGAGAUCUAACAGAAAGUGUGGAGGAAGAAAUUGAAUCACCAGUCUUGUUGGAUGGACAAGUGGUUAUGCCUGCCACAAAAGGAGUCAUGGAGGAUGAUUCACAAAUGAUCAUGGAUGCUUCACAGGCUGUAGAUAUGGAGGGUUCACAAGUCGUUAUAAAAGGUUCACAGGUAGUGAUGGAAGAUUCUCCAACAGUCAUGGAAGGAUCCCAAGUUAUGUUGGAGGAGUCAGAAUUUGGGGCCUCAGUGUUGCAAGACUCUCCCUGUCAUGAUACUGUUGCAGAUGGUCCUGUAAUUGUUAAAGAAGAAGAUCUACAAGAUACCGAGUAUGGCCAUAACCAACAGAUACUAGGACUUGUACAUGAUGAGGUAGUAGAAAAUGCUGCUGUUGACCAUGAAAUGGGUGGUGUUAUUGCAGAUGAAAAUACAUUGGCAACAAACCAAGAAAGUGAGAUGCUGUUGCGAAACUUGGUGAGUGAGACAUUCCACUCAUCUCCAAGUACUACUCACGGCCCUGACAACAUCAUUGUUACUACCAGCACGAUCACCACCAAUCCUGUCCAGGGUAUUCAGCAGCCUCUUACAUCCUCAAAUGUGAUACAGGGAACAGCAGUAAAUAACAUCUCAGGAAUACCUGUUAAUUUAUCCAAUACUAACACCCCGACAAAAAUAGUGGUACAAACUAAUCAGGAUUCCCCUGUUAAAGCCAAUGCUGGUCACUUUCUUAUUCAAGUGGGAGGUACUCCAGUUAGUGUAGCCCAGCCACAAAUAGUAACAGUGGGGAACAAGAACCACAUUGUAAUUCGAGCUGGGGCCAACCAAGUGGGUCAGAUUCCUAUAUGUCAAGAGGAAUCUGAUGGAUUAGGGCAAGGCAGCAUCUUCAAGGUCAUCAUACCUGAAGGGACUACCAAAUUCACAAAAGUAGCCCCAAUUCCAGUGGGUCAAAAUGAACAAGUAAGGAAACAUGUCCAAAUCAAUCUUUCAGAUGGAACUGUGAAAAAACAAGGGAGAUAUACGUCUCAUACUUCUCAGACACAGGGGGGCUAUGAGGAGGAAGACAUCAGACCUGGUGGUGCCACUGAUAGCAAGAGGUUUUAUGAAUGUCCAACAUGCAACAGUAAAUUCAUGAGACCAUUGUACUUAAGGAAACAUAUGAGAAGCUGUAAGAAGGAGGAAGUGAAGGUAGAAAAAACACCUUUAUAUAUGUGCUCUUUCUGCAAGAUGACGUUCAAGACUCGACCUCAGAUCUCUCAACAUUUUCUAAAAUGUUAUCAUAGUCCAUACCGGAAAAAGACAGGACCAGUCAAGAGAAAGGGUGAUGACCUGGAGCCUGAGACUGCUCCACCAAAGAGAGGAAAAAUGGAGGCACUGGAAAUAGAUCCAGCUUUGGAACAGGCUGUGCAGUUCAGAUGUCAAGAUUGUGAUCGUACCUUCAGCAAAGAACGCCAAUAUUCCAGCCAUAUUAAAAAGUGCACCAAGUUCUCUGUGCAUGACCUAUCUGGGGCAAAAGUGGAGGUGAAAGGUGAGGAGGAAGAGGAAGACGAACCCGAAUCUCAGGAUGAUCCAUUUGCUGACCCUGAUCCCCUGCCACCCCCAACUAGGAGAGGCCGUGGACCUGGCCGGAGAGGGCGGCCCCCAGGGAGAGGUGGAAACAAUAGGGUAGCUUCUAGAAAUUCUUCACUACUUUUUGAAGGAGCAUAUCCUGUAGCAAACUCCCGUGGUCUCCUCGUAGCUGAUAAUGAGGGCUUGGUACGAAGCACAACAGGUUUAGCACACACUGUACAGCUUAGUCUUGAGACAGCAUGUCAAGAAGGUCAACCACAGCCAACUGCUCUAGUAGCAGAUUCUAAGGGAGUCAGAGGGAGAGAGAAACCCCCACAAGCCUGGUCACUGGUUUGUGCCCUCUGUCAGAAGAUGUUUUUUACCAAAGCUGCUCUGGCACACCAUGUUAUGUCAGAACAUGGUGCAGAUCUGAUUCACACUCGCAAUAUUCUUGAUGGGAAGGUCAAGGACAACCAGCCUCUCUUUAGAUGUCCUGUGUGCAGUCUUAAUUACCAGACUGAAGAUCAGUUCAUAGAGCACAUGGUCCUCCAACAUACAUCCCGCUUGCAGGAAACAUUUACUCGUCUUCAGGGGCAGACGGCUACCUAUGUGUGUUCCCUCUGUUCCCUGGUGCUACUUACAAAAAGUCUCCUCGUUGAACACAUGAGUCUGGUUCACUUAGAUGAGCUGGAAACACUCGCCCAGGGAGACACACAUGUAGAAAUAGCAUCAAAAGUUGCAAGAAAUAAAACACAAACUUCAUCUAAUGUAAAAAAAGGAAAUGAAAGUUUUCGUGAAGAUAAACAAGGUCCUAAAGUAAUUAACACUGGGCAAGUGAAAUUUGAGAAUGCAGAAGAUUCUGCUUUAGAGUGUGGCUUCUGUGGUGAAGAAUUACCUACUCAGGAAGAUAUGGUUGAGCACUACAUUGAUUGGCAUGGUGUAGAAACUGAUGAAGAUGGCUGCCUUCUGGACUUGGGUAUAGAUGUGGAUAUUAGAGUUAAGGAUACCAAAGGUCUGUUACAGCUUGCUGAUGGUCGAAUGGAUGCCAGUGUCCCAGAGAAAACCGUCCUUAUUCGCAAAAAACCUAGACAAAGUUGGCAAUGUAAGGAAUGUCAACAAGUAUUUUCCAAGCAUUUUGAUUUUCUUCGUCAUGUCCGUGAGGUUUGUACAGAGGUGAGCCAGGGUAACAAGCCUACUGUCUCGAGGGGAGGUAAUUUCAAGUGCCAAGAACCAGGUUGUAGUCAUCUCUCAUUUUACCAGGUAAAACUUCUUUUUAAGCACAUGGAAGAAGUUCACAAUAUUAUUGUGCCAAGAGAAUUCAAAACUUUUAAAAACCUAGACCUUUUCUACCAAUGGCUGACGGGGGAAGAGAAGAAGUAUAAUGUCCGCUACAUAAGAGACACAACUCGCAUUGAGAAAAAUGAUAUGAAGCUCAUCCAGAUGGUGUGUCAUAGAUUCCACACAGCUAAAAUUGAUCAGUCAAAAGAGAAGAAAGAAGGUGAAACUGAAGGUGACUCCCCCAGUAAACAAAAACGAAGAUGGUUUGUUAGGAUACAAAGGUCAAGCAACUGCCAUGCUCGUAUUCACCUAAAAGUGCAAUAUAAUCCUGCAACUCAGGACUAUGAUGGAGAAACACAAAUGGUAUACUACCCUCAGCACACUCACAAUGAGGUGGACCAUCCACAGGACCUUAUGAAUCGCAUCAUGGAGAGGCAUGCGAGAGACAAAUCAAAUUACUUAUCAAGAAAUGGUAACCGCAAGAGGCUCAAACAAAUUGGCUCACAGCUGUCACGAGGGGCUCUUAGCAAAACCAAAGGAAAUAAUAGUGAUGAGGGACUAGAAGAAUUAUUAGUUGCAGCAGGAGGGAACACUGGAGUUUCUGGUCAACAUGUUGUAACAGGAGGGACACUGAAACUUGAGGAAGGUGCUGCCCUGACUGUAGAUCAGUAUAUGAAAGAGUUUUGUCAAACACAGUUAGAAGGGGAGGUUGAUGGAACAUCAUUAGUAGUUUCAACCAGUGGAGCUACUGGAGCAACAUCCACUGUCCGUCAAGCUACAAGACAACAUGAGACAUCUGCUGUCCUUAUGGAAGGUGAUGAAGCAGCUUUGGAAACUUCCACAAUGUUUGUAGACAGUGAUAGUCAGUCAGCAGUGUUGGUUGAGAGUGGGGAGCCUGGAACAUAUGUAGUUCAAGAUAGGAUGAUGAGUGUCUCCCAAGGAGAAUCUACUCAGAAAGAGGAAGAUACAGAAGAAUAUGUUCUGCCAGCGGAUGAAGCAGAGUGGACCAAGUUGUUUGAUGUUUUACGCCUCAGGUUGAUGACAUCAGAACUCAGUGAACAAGAAAAAGGAGAUGGGGAAGGUCUCUUGUCUUAUCAAAAUGUUAUAUCAUAUUUGUCCCUGGCAGAGCAAGUUACAAUAUUCCAACAGCUCUGCCUGUUAACUAACACUGCUAUUGAAACUGCUGAUUAAAUAAGGCCUUAUUUCAUCACAUUUAGUCAAGUGACAUAUUUUAAUAAAUAUGCAUCAAAAUCCAUUUAUUUAUAUUUAUUAUUAUUAUUUUCAUUAUUAUUAUUAUUAUUAUUAUUAUUAUUAUUUUUUUUUUUACUUUUUAGAAAAUAGUCGUGUACAAAUGUGAAGAAUACAAAAACAUUAAACUUUUAACUUUCGUUAAAGAUGUAUGUCAUUGAAAUAUCCUGGUUUUUAUGUAUUUAUUUAUAUUUUUAUUCUGUUGAAUAGCUCAAGUUUUAAACAACUUGAAUUUGCACAAAAUUGUAAAUAUAUCUAGUCAAUAAUAUUUUAUUUCCAUUUCAAUUCUGUAUACCUAAAUGACAUAUGGCCUUUUUGCAUUGAAUUGCUAACUGGCUAUGAAAUGUAUAUAUAUCUAAUAUUUUUUUAUGCAUCCAUCAUCAGUCAAGACUUGUUCAUUUAGGUGUUGAAGUGGAAAUGAUUUAAUAAAUUGACGGUUAUAUACCUUGUCAUAUGUAAAUAUCACUUAUGACGAUUACACUUGUUCUUCAGUAAUAAUGAGCAAAAUGGCUGUGUUGAUAUAGAAAGAAGGGUCUUGUAAAUGUAUAAUAGGCUCAAUAUUACUGAUUUAGUCACAAUGUUAUGGUGAUAUAAAUAUCAUGUUAAUAAUAUGAGCAUUGUUAUGCCCAUUUAUUAAAGAAGAAUGGGAGAUUUUUACCCAAAAAUAUAUGAUGGAUAUUCCCAGUAUCUUAAUUAUGACAUCUACUGUUUGUUAGUAAGAAAUAGUCAUUCAUAAUUCCAAACUUUAUUUAUGUUGAGCAUGGUCAGAAUAGGCCAGAAUCAUUUUUUUUUCUUCCUCCUUCCACAGUUCUUCUCAAAAAUACUGUUUUUCACUUAAUGACUGAAACAGGAGAAGUCCUAGUGAAUCAGAGUACCUGAUACCUGUGCUCUUGUAUUCCAAGUGCUGAGCUUCUUGCUUGGUUGCUUUUGUGUAUAGUUGUAAAGGAAACAAACAUAUUUGCCUGUCAAGUACCUGCAAAAGAAAUAUUAAACCCA